UCACAACUGACAAUGCCAAAAACCAAGUUAAUGCCGUGAUUGAGGCAGGACUGGGCCCACAGAUAGGGUGCUUUGCACAUGUCGUAAAUUUGGCAUCUCAGAAGGGAAUCUCUGUCAGUAGGAUGGACCGCCUCCUUGGGAGGAUCAGGAAGGUGGUUUCCUAUUUCCACCGAAGCACAACAGCUGCCCAUGUGCUUAAAACAAAGCAAGAAAUGCUAAAGCUGCCUAAACACAAGCUCAUAAAUGAUGUGCCAACAAGGUGGAACUCCACCUAUGAUAUGCUGGAGCGUUAUCUGGAGCAGCAGGCAGCUAUAUACUCUGCACUGACUGACAAGACCCUAAAGAAAAUUGUCAAGGACAUCAUUACCCUGUCUGAUGAUGAUGUGAGAGUGGCAGAGGAGGUCCUCCAGGUGCUUCAACCCCUCAAGAUGGUAACAUCUCUUCUGAGCACUGAAAGUUCACCAUCUGUAUCGAUGAUCAUGCCCCUAAAAACAAGGAUUCUACAAUCCAUGGCUCCAGGUGUGGAAGACAGCACCAUCACACAAGAUGUCAAGACUGCCAUUAGAGAGGACCUGCAGCCCAGAUACACUUCACCCCCUACUCUACAGGACUACCUUCACAGAUCUACUGCCCUGGAUCCAAGGUUCAAGUCCCUGUCUCACAUGGACCCUGCCCUACGCCAGAGGACAUACAGUGACCUCACCACCGAGAUUGUGAGCAGUCUGGGCACUAAAGACUGUGAUGAGGGUCAAGCUCAAGCUGCAGAGCCAACAGGAGCAAACUUGGACUCCUCAUCUCCUCCACAAAAGAAGUCGGCGAUGGCAGAGCUUUUUGGAGAGACCUUUGCCAGCAAAGACAACAAGACUUCUGCUGACAUCAUCAAAGAGGAGGUGGAAUCCUAUCUGCUGGCAGCAAGCGGCAUUACAGUCGAUGGUGAUCCGAUGACAUGGUGGAAAAGCAAUGAGUGUAAAUACCCUCAUGUUGCCAAGAUGGCAAGAUGCUAUCUCGCUGUGCCAGGCUCUUCAGUUCCUUCUGAGAGAGUGUUCUCAACAGCAGGGGACAUAGUGACUGCACAGAGGUCCACACUCUCCCCAGAGAAUGUAGACAUCCUUGUCUUUUUGAAAAAGAAUUUGAAAUUAUAAGCUCAGGAAUGCUUUCUUUCUUUUAUUCUUCUUUGAUGUGGACAUAUUAGGCUUUCAUUAUCCAUGUUUAAGUUGUUUUUGGCUCUUUGCCCAUCGGCCCAUGUCUCAAGGAAGAAGAUAUGCCUUUAUGUUGCACUUUAAGUUGUUUUUGGCUCUUUGCCCAUGUCUCAAGGAAGAAGAUAUGCCUUUAUGUUGCACUUUAAGUUGUUUUUGGCUCUUUGCCCAUCGGCCCAUGUCUCAAGGAAGAAGACAUGCCUUUAUGUUGCACUUUAAGUUGUUUUUGGCUCUUUGCCCAUCGGCCCAUGUCUCAAGGAAGAAGAUAUGCCUUUAUGUUGCACUUUAAGUUGUUUUUGGCUCUUUGCCCAUGUCUCAAGGAAGAAGAUAUGCCUUUAUGUUGCACUUUAAGUUGUUUUUGACUCAUUGCCCCAUCGGUCCAUGUUUCAAGGAAGAAGACAUGCCUUUAUGUUGCACUUGAAGUUGUUUUUCAUUAUGUUAAAAAUAAGAUAUUAUGCCUUGUGCACUGUAACUUGAUUUUAUAUCAUUCCAAAGUAAUUUAAGAGUGUUUGAUAAACAAAAAGACAAAA